UGGGGCUAGCUUGCACCGCAUGCGGACCACGUUUUUGCAGACAAAAUGCUACCAGCAAAAAGGACUGUCACUCUUCUGGGGGUUAUCGAGAGGCGCUAAACUAACAGUGUUAUCUAAACAAUAGCUAUCCUUUGCUUUUGCACGCUGUAUAUUGCUUAUUGAGAAAUGGUAGUUUAUUCUGGAACGAUUAGUUGUUUAUAUAAACUAGAAACAACAGAAUUGACUGGACUUCCAGGAGGAGCACGCUGCAUGUCCUUACAAGGAGUUGCAUUAACUUGCACCUGUGAAAACACUUAAAGUUGACUCAAAGUUCAGAUGGGCGUGUCACUGAUAAUUGUUAUUAGCAGUGGAGCUGGAGGGUGGGGCUCGCUAUUCUGCAACAGCAAGCAACACUAUGGAGCCUCUUUCACGUUUGAAUAUCUUCCUUCUGCAUAUCUCUCUCCUGAUAGUAGGAAAUGCAAUAAAUGAAGCUUCAGCACAGCAGUGUGGUCCACCUAAUUUAGUGUCUGCUACUCCUCAAUACAAUGCAACAGCAUCUAGUGAUCCACUUGUUAUGAAUUGUAUGGGUGCUACUCUGCCUGCUAUUUUCAAGUGGGAAUUCAAUGGUAACAUUGUUCCUUCUGCCGUCGAAUUCCUUUAUGUGGUCCAGUCAGUGAUGGAGGGUGGAGUUUAUAGGUGUGGCUACGACAACAUUAAUUGUCUUGGUGGGACAAUAUGGUCUACUGGAUUUAUCACAGUUAUAACUCAACCUGUUAUAUCAGUAAGCACUGGACCAGUUAGUGUGAUGCAAGGAGAUACAGUGACAGUCCAUUGCAAUGUCACUAGUGGUUAUCCUGCUCCUUCAAUCACUUGGUACAAUGGCUCUGGUGAUAGUUUGGGGCAUGUUUCACCAUUGACAGUGACAGCUGGAUCUAACGAUACUCUAACUUGCAUAGCAACCAACACAGCUGGUUAUGCUUCAGGGAACAUUCCAAUCACUGUCACUAUUAUUCCUCAAACAUUGUCGUCUUCUAUUCAAUCUUCAACUGUUGCUACUUCUUCUUCCAGCAGUCCUCCAUCAACUACAGCCAUCAGCUCCAGUAUUAGUAGCAAUAGUAGCAUUCCUGCCAGUAGCAGCAGCCAAACCAGUUCUACUACAAUAGUUCCUACUUCUACGUCAACUUCUCUCUACCAUUCGUCUUCAUUUUCCUCUUCCUCCUUGACGACCAGUAUCCCCUCCAUAGCAACCAGUGUACCGACGCCUACCAGUACUGUGGAGGAAAGCUCCGGUGGCUUAACAACGGACAGUAUUUUUGGUCUCAUCGUAACAAUAGUCUUUCUUAUUUUUCUUUUAGCUUCACUUUCAUUCUUUUUUGCUGUUGGAGUUUAUUAUUGCAAGAUUGCUCGGACCAACAAAAAAAUCAGAAAAGAAAAGAAGAAAAGAGAAGAUUCUCGUAAACUAUUAAAUUUACAAGAAGAUAUUGAUGGCGAAGAUGAAGAGACAAUGGCCGCCGUUGCAGGCGGAGUCCCUCCAUCAACUUCGUACAUUAACGGAGGUUUCAAGGAGGAGGGGGACGAGGAAGAGAAAGAAGAGGACGAGGAGGAAGAAAGUGAUGAUAGUUCACUGAUGAAUGUUGCUAUUAUACCUAAAGUAACCAUUGAAGGACAACGAGAGGCCUCAACUACCGAGCAAUAUGUUAUAAAAAUGGAGAAAAAGACUAAAGAAGAAAUACCUGCAAGUGUAGUCACGGAAACAACAGGAGCUAGUCAGGCUUCAAACGACAAAGUUCAAGUUGUUCCUGUUGAAGUUACUGCAGUCGUUGAAGAAGGCGGAUCAUCAGACACUAGUACUGAGGAAGAAGAAGAAGAACAAGAAGAUGCUCCUGCAGCCGGAAAAAGAGAUGAACCUAUUGCAAGAAAGCCAUUCCUUGAACCGCAAGAGCUCCAGGAGUUAGUGAGAAACUUUGAAAGUUUUCAUUUAGAGGACAACGCUAAAGAAUCCAUCAUUGGAAAAGAAUACAAAGAUAUCCCAAUGCUAUUGCAGGACAUGUCAAUAUGGCCGCCUGAUACCUAUUCAAAAAAUAGAUACAGAAACGUUAUACCAAAUAAGAACACUGCUGUCACGCUGUCAGGAGAAUCCAUUGCUGAUCGAUACAUUAACGCAAACUUCAUCGACGGUUACAAUGGAAUGGAAAAGGCUUAUAUCUGUGCACAAGCUCCAAUAUACGAUACAAUUCCUGAUUUCUGGAGGAUGAUUUGGGAAUGUAAUGUUAACACUGUAGUCAUGCUCUGCGGAAUAUUUGAGGGAGGAAAGAAUAAAUGUGCAAAAUACUGGCCGCCUCCUGACACCAAUGACACGGAAUAUUACGGACCGUUUACAGUGAGGAACAACUAUGAAGAGGUUUUGCCUUUUUAUAAAGUGGUAUACCUCUCAGUAUCUAUCAACAGCGAUGAGGCUGAGCGUGACGUGAUGUUAUUUAUAUUUCAAGGCUGGCCUGAUUUCGGAGUUCCUGAGCAGGCUGGCCCCAUUCUUGAAUUUCAAGAAGCUGUUACUAUUAAUCACACUGGUGGUCCUCUUCUGGUUCACUGCAGUGCGGGUGUGGGUCGCAGUGGAACUUACAUUGCAGCUGACAUUGGGAUACAGCAGUACAACGCUGAGAAGACUGUUGAUCCGUACGGGACUGUUGUGAAGCUUAGGAAGCAGAGAGGCGGAAUGAUACAAAGUUUUGACCAGUAUGCAUUCCUCCAUAUUGUUCUUGCUAACUACAUAUCAAAGAACCCGUAGAAGAAGCAAACCAAGACUGCGAAACUUGACCCAAUUUUACCCCUUCACUUAAAUAAAACUUUAUAUUAAGAACACUUAUAUCAUACAUAGUUGUAUUAUUAUUUAUUAGUACAUAUAUAUAUAUAUAUAUACUCACACAUUAAGAUGUAGUACUCACACACACAAAGUAUCAUAUUUAAACAUCUCCCCCUCCUA